AUGGCUUCGAUACGGCUGUCACGGGCUGGGGCACAAGCCGCUCUACGCAUCUUUACCCCGAUCACGCAAACCCGAGCUGCGACGUCCAUAUCGCCAGCGGCAGCGUCAACGUCGAGUGCCCUCCAGGAUGCUCUUGUCGCCGAGGCUCCCCGUAUCAAUUGGACGCGGGACGAAAUCAGACAGAUAUACGAAACACCCCUCCACCAGCUUACAUAUGCCGCUGCCACCGUCCACCAGCGAUUCCAUGACCCUUCGGCUAUCCAGCUAUGUACUCUGAUGAAUAUCAAGGUCGGCGGCUGCUCAGAAGACUGCUCGUACUGCUCGCAGUCCUCACGAUACAACACAGGCCUCCAGGCCUCGAAGAUGAGCUCUGUCGAGGCUACCUUAGAAGCCGCCCGCAUCGCCAAAGAAAACGGUAGCACCCGUUUCUGUAUGGGCGCCGCCUGGCGGGACAUGCGUGGUCGGAAGAACAGCCUGCGUAACAUCAAGAAAAUGAUCUCUGGCGUUCGAGCGAUGGAUAUGGAGGUGUGCGUGACACUCGGGAUGAUCGACGGCGAGCAGGCCAAGGAGUUGAAGGACGCGGGGCUGACCGCCUACAACCACAACGUCGACACCUCCCGCGAAUUCUACCCCUCCGUCAUCACCACCCGGACAUACGACGAGCGGCUCCAGACGCUGAGCCACGUGCGCGAUGCCGGCAUCAACGUUUGCUCUGGCGGGAUUCUGGGCCUGGGCGAGGACGAUUCUGACCGUGUGGGCCUGUUGCAUACCGCCGCAACACUCCCUGCACAUCCAGAGUCGUUCCCCGUUAACGCUCUCGUGCCCAUCAAGGGAACUCCCCUCGGGCAUAGGAAACCCAUCGCGUUCGAUAAGGUGCUCCGCACCGUCGCGACGGCGAGGAUCGUCCUUCCCAAGACCACUGUCCGACUCUCCGCAGGUCGCAUAAACAUGACUGAAGAACAGCAGGUGGCCUGCUUUAUGGCUGGGGUUAAUUCAGUGUUUACGGGCGAGAAAAUGCUCACCACUGACUGCAAUGGAUGGGAGGAGGAUAAGCGGAUGCUGGAGAAAUGGGGUUUCUAUCCAAUGGCAGGGUUUCAGCGAGGGGAGUUCAGGGGUGGUGCUACUGCUACUACUGCUACAACCGCCACCGCCACCACCACCUCUCCCACCACUUCCCCUCCUGUUCCUCCUGCUUAG